GGAGCCGCGACACCUUUCCUUCUUGUACGCGCUUGCUUCCGGCUGGCUGCUCUGCUCUCGGGGAGAAGACCAUAGAGUGGUCCUAGCGCAUGCGCGGGCAGUCUUUCUGACUCAGCGCCGAGCUUUUGCGGCUGCUCCGCGUGGGGCUGCGAAGCCGCGAUGUCGCGGGGAUGGGCGCCGAUGGCAUUGUGGUGGGUCCUGUGGGACUCUUGCCUCUGGGACGUGGCGCGGGGCUCCGAGGAUAUCGUGGUAGGCUGCGGGGGCUUCGUCAAGUCCGACGUGGAGAUCAACUAUUCCCUUAUCGAGAUUAAAUUGUAUACCAAGCAUGGGACCUUGAAAUACCAAACAGACUGUGCUCCAAAUAAUGGUUACUUCAUGAUUCCUCUCUAUGAUAAGGGGGAUUUUGUCCUUAAGAUUGAGCCUCCCCCAGGGUGGAGCUUCGAGCCUACAAGCGUAGACAUCCAUGUGGAUGGCAUCAACGAUAUUUGCACUAAAGGAGGAGAUACCAAUUUUGUGUUUACGGGCUUCUCUGUCAAUGGGAAGGUUCUCAGCAAAGGUCAGAUGUUGGGUCCUGCGGGCGUUCUUGUUGCAUUGAGGAAUCCUGGGUCAGAGGUGAACAUACAAGCCACGGCUACUCAACUUGGUGGAAAGUAUGCCUUUUUCAAAGUGCUCCCCGGGGAAUAUGAAAUCUUUGCUUCCCAUCCCACGUGGACACUGAAGGAGGCCAGCACUACUGUAAGAGUGACCAACGCUAACGCUUACGCCUCCGGCUCUCUGGUUGUCGCCGGUUACAAUGUUUCAGGAUCCGUCCGGAGCGAUGGGGAGCCCAUGAAGGGCGUCAUGUUCCUCCUUUUCUCCUCGACGGUGACCAAGGAGGACAUCAUGGGCUGCAACACCUCUCCCGUUGAUGGCUUUCCAGGCAGGGAUGAUUCCCUUGCCUAUCUGUGUAAUGUCAUAUCCAAAGAGGAUGGCUCGUUUACCUUUCAGUCUUUGCCGAGUGGGAAAUACACUGUGGUACCCUUUUAUAGAGGCGAGAGAAUCACAUUUGACGUGGCGCCAUCUCGAUUGGACUUUACAGUGGAGCACGACAGUUUGAAAAUUGAGCCUGUUUUCCAUGUCAUGGGCUUCUCGGUAACAGGGAGGGUUUUGAACAGCCCUGGAGGUGAAGGCAUUUCAGAUGCUACUGUGAUGCUGAACAGCCAGAUUAAAGUUACCACGAAGUCUGAUGGUUCUUUUCGCCUUGAAAAUAUAACCACCGGCACAUACACCAUUCAAGCCCAGAAGGAGCAUCUUUUCUUUGAUACCAUCAUGGUGAAAAUUGCCCCCAACACUCCCCAGCUGGCUGACAUAAUCGCAACAGAGUUCAGCGUCUGCGGACGGAUACUGGUAACCCGCUUUCCCGACUCUAUCAAGCAGAUCAACAAAUACAAGGUGACGAUGUUGCCACAAGACAAGGACAAAACGUUGAUGGCUACCGCGGAAACUGACACUCGUGGGGUUUUCUGCUUCAAGGCAAAAUCGGGGGCAUAUGUCAUCCAGGUAAUGGUUCCUGAGGCAGAAGCCAGAGCAGGCCUUGCUUUGAAGCCCAAAACGUUCUCUGUGACCGUUGCCUCCAAGCCAGUGCUGGAUGUCACCUUUUCCCAAUUCUUGGCCUCCAUUUCAGGGAAAGUCACCUGCUUGGACGCUUGCGGCGAGCUGUCAGUGACUCUUCAGUCAGUGAACCGGCAGGGAGAGAAGCGCAGCCUCCAGCUUGCGGUGAAGUCUAACUUGGCGACUUUCUUGUUCGAAAACGUUCUUCCGGGCAAAUAUAAAAUGAGCAUCAUCCGUGAAGACUGGUGCUGGAAGAAUAAAUCCUUGGAGCUUGAGGUUUUGGAAGAAGAUGCAUCGGGGAUUGAGUUCCGCCAGACUGGAUAUAUGCUCCGCUGUUCCCUUUCCCAUGCAAUUACUUUGGAGUUUUAUCAGGAUGGAAAUGGACCAGAGAAUGUUGGCAUUUACAACCUGUCCAAAGGAGUGAACAGGUUCUGUCUCUCCAAGCCAGGUGUGUAUGAAGUAACACCCCGUUCCUGUCACCGUUUUGAACACGAAUACUACACCUAUGAUACGUCUGCUCCAAGUAUCCUCACACUGACUGCAAUUCGGCACCAUGUCCUUGGAACUAUUACAGCAGAUAAAUUGAUGGAUGUGAUGGUUACCAUUAAGUCUUCAAUUGACAGUGAACCCGACCUGGUGCUCGGCCCGCUGAAAUCUCAGCAGGAGCUGCGCCGGGAGCAGCAGCUGGCCGAAAUAGAGGCCCGCAGGCAGGAGAGGGAAAAGAAAGGCCCCGAAGAGGAAGGGUCCGAGCCGCCGGUGCAGGAAAUGGUGGAGGAACUACAAGGGCCGUUCCACUACGAGUUUUCCUAUUGGGCAAGGUCUGGGGAGAAAAUAACGGUGACGCCGUCCUCAAAAGAGCUCCUUUUCUAUCCGCCUUCAAUAGAAACGGUUGUCAGCGGAGAGAGCUGCCCCGGAAAGCUGUUAGAAAUACAUGGAAAAGCAGGUUUGUUUCUGGAAGGACAGAUUCAUCCCGAAUUGGAGGGUGUGGAGAUCGUCAUUAGUGAAAAAGGAGCGCUGUCCCCCCUCAUCACUGUUUUCACAGACGACAAAGGUUCUUACAGCGUGGGGCCACUUCACAGCGACCUGGAGUACGCCAUUACGGCUCAGAAAGAAGGAUUUGUGUUGAGUGCCGUGGAAGGGACUGUCGGGGACUUCAAAGCGUUCGCUCUCGCCGGAGUCACUUUUGAGAUUAAAGCAGAAGAUGAAUAUCCCCUUGCGGGAGUCCUCCUUUCCCUCAGUGGAGGUGUGUUCCGCUCAAACCUCCUGACUCAAGACAAUGGAAUGCUGACUUUUCCCAACUUGAGCCCAGGGCAGUACUACUUCAAGCCCAUGAUGAAAGAAUUCCGCUUUGAGCCUUCGUCGCAAAUGAUCGAAGUCCAAGAAGGACAGAAUCUGAAAAUCACCAUUGUUGGUUACAGGACGGCCUACAGCUGUUAUGGAACCGUUUCUUCUUUAAACGGGGAACCCGAACAAGGGGUUUCAGUGGAAGCUGUCGGGCAGGGAGGGUGCAGCAUGUAUGGAGAAGACACGGUGACCGACGAGGAGGGCAAGUUCAGACUGCGUGGGCUGCUGCCGACUUGCGUGUAUCACAUCCAGCUGAAAGCGGAAGGCAACGAUCAUAUUGAAAGAGCCCUUCCACAGCACUUUGCAAUCGAGGUUGGCAGCAGUGACAUUGAGGACGUGAAUAUUAUCGCUUUCCGCCAAAUUAACCAAUUUGAUCUAAGCGGAAACGUGAUCACUUCCUCGGAGCAUCUUCCUACCUUAUGGGUGAAGCUCUACAAAAGCGAGAACCUCGAUAAUCCAGUGCACACUGUCUCAUUGGGCCAGUCCUUAUUCUUCCACUUUCCACCACUGCUCCGGGACAGAGAGAAUUAUGUAGUGCUUUUGGACUCGACGCUCUCCAGAUCACAGUAUGAUUACACCUUGCCUCAAGUUUCGUUUUCCACCCUCGGGUACCAUAAACACAUCACGUUGGUUUUCAGUCCUACGAGAAAGGUGCCUGAGCAGGACAUCGCACAAGGAUCUUACAUCGCCUUGCCAUUGACACUGCUGCUUCUGUUGGCUGGUUACAACCACGAUAAGUUGAUCCCCCUGCUGCUCCAGCUAACCAGCCAUCUCCAGGGGGUGCGGACACUUGGGCAGGCAGGUUCUGAUACAGGUAGCCUUGAAGACAUGAAGAGGCAAGCCAAGAAGCAGAAGAUGAGGCGGACGUGAGGCGACAAGAGCUCUUUUCAAUUUAGAGUCAUGGGGUUUUCAGGUGGCGUAGCUGCUAAAUGGGACUGAAUCCUGGGACCUGAUGAAGAUGUUAGUUGGCAUUCGAGUUGCAUCACAGAUGUAAAUUUUACAUGAUAUCUGCAGAAGAUCACAGUUCUUUUUUUAAAAAAACACAAAAAUGAACCAACAAGCUCUGGUCACAGAGAACAUCUUCCAUUACUAGAAAGGCGGUUUGGGGAUAACUUCUUGUCGGAGAAAAUAAGUUAUUACAGUUAUGUUAUUUUCUAGGCUUUGCAAGAACAAUGGCCAUUAAAAGCUGAUUUUGCAUCCCA